AUGAAAUUCCAUUAUGUCCUAGAAAAUAUCUUCCCUAAAGCAGAGGAAAUUUAAUUGAUAUUUGAUUAUAAAUUAUCUAUAGUCAAAUUAUUCAUCCAUAUUAAUAUACCUAUAUGGGUUGAAGUUGAUCAUCAUUUUAGUUUAAAAUUGGCUAUUAAAAAUGCCUGUAAUUAUGUUGAUUUAUUAGACUAUCGGAAUAAUUUUGGAUUUUAAGUAGUAUAUUUGAAAUUCGAUAAUAUUAAUAAUAUAUCUUGA